UUAGAACAAUAAAGGUAAGAAAAAUCUCAUGUAAUAAAUCAGUUUAUUUCAUUCACUCCUGGCAUUUUAAUAACUUAACAUAUCACUCAUCUACUCCAGUUACAGCUCAAGAUUAAAAGAUCACAACUCAAAUGUAAAAACGUUUUAAUAAUUUGAGAUGAAUAACGAGAAAAAAACAGUGAAUUGCAAUUCAAAAUAUAAAACCCAAAAAUUAGACAAACUUUUCAAGAUUUAGAAAGACGUUGUCUAUGAAAUAAAAUUACUUUGAUGAUUAAUUAAUUUCCAGGAAAACACUUGAAGGAGUUGUUACUCUCUGACACAAGACACGCAGAACAAAUACGUCCAGGUACAAAGUAGUUUAAAAUCAAUUUCCAAGACAGAAAUAGGACCUUAGUGAUCUGAGAUGGACAUUUUAAUGACAAAAUAUACAACUUAACGGACUACUUAACAAGGAAAUGUAGAUUUUUUGUGGCAAUAAAAAUAUGUUAACUCCACUUUGUCAAUGGACGAGAGCUAUUAACACGAUUCCAUGACGUAAAGUAAUCAGAAAUAAUUGGAUAAAAAUGGAUUGUGCACUUGACGCGCCAUGUUGAGACGUAGAGGAUGAUAAAGCAAGUUUAGUUGCUUGGCAUCUAAAAAAUUUAUUUUAACAAAUCAAACACUUUUUCAUUUUUCAUUUUUGCACAAAUCAUUAAUACCAGAAACAAAUCAAACAGGUCGAAAUAUAAACAUAAUUUAAGAUUGUAAAGUAAACAUUUCAUAAUUCAUGAGAACUGGAGUGUUAAAUGAAAGAUAACAAAAUCCAUUUGUUACUGUCAAACAAGACAAAUUAGAUGAGAAAUAACACACAGUUUAUCAAAGAAUUCUAAAAUGAAACAGGCUACAUCGUGUAAAUGACAGAUAUCAGUGUGGAAAUCUAACCAAGAAAAAGUAAUAAAUCAUUUGGACAAAUCAGAUGAAAGACAACUCACAGUGAUCAUUGUAUCAAAGAAUUCUGGGAAUAAACAGCCUACAUCAUUUCAAUGACAAAUAUCCGAGUGGAUAAAUUGUACCAGAAAAUCCAAUGAAUCAAGAAGCAGAAUUAUAGAUUACUCCGUUUGUUCAAAAGUGAUUUCAAUUUCAUUCACAUCCAGACUUGAUGAACCUGGAGGAGGAGAUGCAACAACGAAACAUCCUGUCGAUGAGGAAACCUCCGCAAUUUCUUCAGAAAACACUGUCGCUGAAGAACAAACUGAGCCUCAAAGAGACAAAUUAUAUACAAGAGAGCAGAAAAAUUGAGCCUCAAAGACACAAAUUAUAUACAAGAGAGCAAACUCUACAAACAAAGAGAUCAUUGAAGAACUGGUCAACGACAAAACACAAACACUAAUACUUUGACACUGUGGACAAGCGUAAAGAAUCUAAAACAUUGAAACUCUUGAGUAGAACUUUGUCAACAUGUGUCACAAAUAUCUAUUCAGAAAUGUAACACCUCCAAGCCCAGAGGACUGUCUUCACAACCAUAAUAACUCAGAUGAAGUGGAUAGAUUAUUGUUUCAACUUGAUGCUAUGAAGACGGUCGAAUUCAGCCUUCUGGGAAUCGGAGCAAUUAUUAUUUGCGUUUUUGGAUUUGUGACGAAUAUAAUGAGCUUGAUUGUGCUAUCAAGGAAGGAGCUAAAAUCGACAUCUUUCACUUAUCUGACUGCGAUAUGUAGCAUUGAUCUUGGAGUGCUUCUUGUCACGACAUUUAUGAUUGGACUGAGUACUGUGUUUGCACCACCCACAAAAUAUGGACUACUUCUUGAUGGAACUAUUUUGCCAUAUUUGUAUCCAUACAUUCGGCCUCUUUACUUGAUGUUCACAACAGCAAGUAUCUGGCUCGUGACGGCUUUAACGAUUGACAGGUACAUCACAAUAUGUUAUGCCUUGAAGAGUUCUUAUAUCUGUACCACUGUGAAGGCACGCAUUAUCAUCAUAUUUGUCUGCGUGUUUGCCCUUCUCUACAACAUCCCCACUUUCUUUGAAUACCAGGCCAGGACUGUCCAAGUUGCAUACGUCGAGAAGGGUUUCAUAAUCUACAAGCUGACUUGGUUCGGUCUCCAGAAAGCCUUCAGAUUGUGUUACCAUUCCUGGGUUUAUAUCAUUGCGAUUUGGGCUCUACCCUUCGUAAUCAUGAUCAUCAUGAAUGGCUUAUUGGCUCGUACUGUCCACAAAGCACGCAAAAAGAGCAAGGAAAUGGGGUGUAUCCAGCCACGAGGACAGGAUGUCACCAUUAUGAUGGUUGUCAUGGUAACUGUGUUUUUCAUCUGUCAGUGUCCGAACAUGGUGUGCCAUCUAUUGUAUGUCCUAGAUGUGGAGGUUUUCCACUCCAGUGAAUUUCAAAAGUUUGCAGCAAUUUCCUCUUUACUUGUGCUGUUUAACUCUGCCAUCAAUAUCUUUAUAUACGCUGGUUUUGGGAGAAAAUUCAGGACUGAAUUCAUGGAAAUAUUCUGUAAAUGUCGCAGAGAGAUGGAGGAUACCGCUAACAUGGCAACAACCAGUGAAAAUAAGAUGCUUUCGUCUGGAAAAUUCCCAUGGCAGAAGAAGGCAAGCGACAGAAGUACAGACUCCACCUCUGACCUAAUCACAACAAAGUUCUAAUAUGGCCCAUAAUGCAACAGUAAAUUAGCAAACAUUUCUAAAUGGGUAAGAAAAUGUUAUCAAUCAGGAGGCAAGAGAUUGGCCAGCAAAUGACUAUUGGAUAAAAAGCUUAAAUGUGACUCCAAAUGCAAUAAUUGAACAGACAAAAGCUGAACCUGACAUAGCAUAUAAUAACAUAAGGUGACCAACCCUGAGUUAAAUGCCAAUCGUCAGCCCAGGAAUCUAUUCUAUAAACUUCAUAAAAACAGAGUUUCCUAAAUUCAUAAUUGUAACCAGGAUAUUACACACUGUCUCGUGAAAUAAACUCAAUUUCGAUCAUGAUAGUUAGUGGUUCACCUUUUAACACUGAAACAGAAGAAAUUCACUUUUUGAAGUGAUUACUUUGAUCGCCUUCUUGUACCAUUUGUGAUCUAUGGAGUGUAUAUGAACGUGUCAACUCACCACUUUGAUAGAUAGAAUUCAUAUAGCUUCACAGGACACCUUAGUGGGUUAUCAGCAUUUUCACAUUGUUCAAAGACUGGCUGGUCUUCCUUCACCAUUCUCUUCUUGUCAGCACCUGGA